AGGCUGGCCUUCCCAGAUAAAAUCGGGCCAAUAAUUUUUUAUUGAGCGCCUAUUGUGAAUCAGACACUGGAUGCACUAAGCGUUGGAGAAACGGAUGAAUGAAGCCGGGACAAGACCUUCGGUGUGCAUCUAGUGUGGCCCUUGCCCUGGCUCCCCGCGGCCUUCCCCACCAUAUAAGGAGAGGCAGCUGCUGGGGGCGUCCCCAGGAUCUAAAGAUAGCAGUCCCUGCCUCAGGACUCCAAAUGCCACCGGGUAGCGGGAGCCGCCAUGGCAAGUCUCCCCUCUCCCACCCCUAUGAAGCCCCACCGCAACUCCUCUGCAGGCAGCAUGCCCGGACGCUGUGGUACGACCGGCCCAAGUAUGUGUUCAUGGAGUUUUGUGUUGAGGACAGCACCGACGUCCAUGUGCUCAUUGAAGACCACCGUAUUGUGUUCAGCUGCAAGAAUGCCGAUGGAGUGGAGUUGUACAACGAGAUUGAAUUCUAUGCCAAGGUGAACUCCAAGGACUCCCAGGAUAAGCGCUCUGGUCGCUCCAUUACUUGCUUUGUGAGGAAAUGGAAGGAGAAGGUGGCCUGGCCCCGACUCACCAAAGAAGAUAUCAAGCCGGUGUGGUUAUCUGUGGACUUUGAUAACUGGAGGGACUGGGAAGGGGAUGAAGAAGUGGAGCUGGCUCAGGUGGAACAUUACGCAGAGCUUUUGAAGAAGGUUAGCACCAAGAGACCUCCCCCUGGCAUGGAUGACCUGGAUGAUGAUUCUGACAGCGCUGACGCAACAAGUAAUUAACUUCUGUGACAGCAGAGCUGGGGAAGAAGCUGGGGCAUCAUCCAGUAGCUCCAAAAAGCUAGGGCCAGGGUCUUUGCCAGCUCUUCAGCUGUGGGGAUCUGGGAUCUCUGAACUUUCCUAGAAGCUCUUUCUUUUUAAAAAGUUUAUUUGAGAGAGAGUGUGUGUACACACACAUGUGAGCGGGGGUGGGGUGGGGGUGGGGAGCAGAGGAAGAGGAAAAGAAAAUCCUAAAGCAGGCUCCCUGCUGAGCGUGAAGCCUGACAUGGGCUCGGUCUCAGGACCCUGCUGAGAUCAUGAUCAAGAGUCAAUUGCUUAACCCACUAAGCCAACCAGGUGUCCCUUUUUUGAAGCUCUUUUUAAGGAUCCUCUUCAUAUUUUAUUUCUUCUUCCUAGGCACCUGAGGAAGAAGGUGCCUAGAUGCAUCAGAUGGCAGGAUAGGAGAGGAAUAGACUGUUGGGGCUCCUUCCUUUCUCCCAGUUGGCUGUAAUCCUUGUGUUUAGGCCACUCAUCAGGGCUCUCUUGAGUAUUUGAGCAUGUGUGUACGUGGUAGAGCAAAAGUCAAAGAAGCAGCAGGUAGAUUAUAAUAAAUCUGUAAGAACGGU